GCUUCGGGUGACGUGUGUUACUCAAAACGGAACAUGCUUUCAUACAUUGUUAGAGCAGCGAGCACAUGAUGAACUCAGCCCACCAGCCCGCUUUAAAAGUUACCUGCAAGAACCGAGAGACACAUACCGCCGCUUCGUGGAAACUCGAGCGCAGCCGAAGUUGAUCAGUCCUUAAAAAAAAGUUAGUUUUCUUCUUCAUAAAGUUCGACUUUCUCCUUAAAAUGUCGCAGUUCGGUUACAGGAAAGAACUGCAGAAGUAUGAGGAAAUAGACGAGGAUGAAAUCCUUGCUUCCCUGACUUCCGAUGAGCUGAAGGAGCUGGAGAAGGAGUUGGAAGAUAUGGAACCGAAUGAAUUUGUUCCCAUUGGGCUGAGGCAGAAAGACCAAACAGAUAAAACCCCUCAAGGAACGUUCAGCAGGGAGGCUUUGAUGGCGUACUGGGAACACGAAACACAGAAACUAUUAGAAAAUGAGAGACUUUCGUCCGAACUAAACCAGUCACCAACUGAAGCUAGGAAAGAAGAUACCGAAGAUGACUACGAAACUGAAAGUGAAGGGGACCAAUCAGAGGAUGAAGUAGACAUAGAAGAAUAUAUAUCUGAAGAAACCGAAGAUGAAGAUGACAUUGUAACAGAGGAGCAAGAAGAAGAGGAGGCUGAGAAGGAGAAUGCACAAGAGGCUGAUGACAAAACUUUAGAUAUCAGAUCAGUUAGCAGUAAUGGACAGGAUGGAUCACACUCAUGUAAUGGGCAUGUUGAUGACCAACCAAUCUUAAACAAUAUUAUGCAGCACAACAAAGAGAAACUAACAGAAGAUGAUCCAAAUCUCAAAGCAACUACCAGCUCACCAAGUGGAAACACAACUUAUAUUGAGGACACCCUAGACAGCAUUAAGAAUAAUGAUUCUGAAAAAACUGAAAUCAAUCUGAAUAAUAUUGAGAACAUAAGUAUUGCGACGUUCACACUCAUUGCAGAAGCUCUGAAAUAUAAUACAGUUGUCAAAGUUUUGAGCUUGGCCAAUACUCAUGCUGAUGAUCAUGUGGCAUGUGCAUUAGCUGACAUGUUACAAGUUAACAGAAGCAUCACUAAUCUUAAUAUUGACUCAAACUACAUCACAGGCAAAGGGAUCUUAGCCAUCAUCAGAGCCAUACAAUACAAUGGCAUAUUAACAGAACUGAGAUUCCACAAUCAAAGACACAUAUGUGGAGGGCAGGUUGAAAUGGAAAUAGCCAAACUUCUUAAAGAAAACGCAACGCUUAUGAAAUUAGGCUACCAUUUUGAACUGCCAGGACCACGGAUGACAAUGACAAGUAUCCUAACCAGGAACCUGGACAAACUAAGGCAAAAACGCCUCCAGCAACAAAAACAGCAGCAAGAAAUGGACAAACUGCUUGGUAUUGUGGAGCCAACAAACCGAAGGACGAUUGCCUUGCAGAAGGAUUCACCAAGAUCCUCCCCUUGUGCUUCUCCAAAAGGCUCACCCUGGUCAUCUCCUAAAGUCAUCAAAAAAAUCAAUACUCAGAAAGCUGCUGUUCCUCCUCCGCCACCCCCUCCACCUCUUCCUGAGAAACUUGUACUUCCACAGCCACCACCCCCUCCUCCACUACCAAUUCAGCCAACCCCCAGCAGAAACAUAGCCGAAGCCAUUAAGCUUCAAGAGCUGUCCAAGAUGAAAUCUCAGAAUAUCCACCAAAACACCAAAGUCAAGAAAAACAAAAGCAAAAACAAGAAACUAAAAGAAAACCAUAUUUUGAAGGAACUCAAAAAUUCUUUAAGACCAAUUUCAGACCAAAGAUCAGAGAAUGGGUCAAGACCAGCAACUCCCCAAAGGACAUUCCAUGAUGAGCUUAUGUCAGCUAUCCGGUCGAGCAGUAUAAAACAGCUAAGACCAGUUGAAGUUCCAGAAUGUCUUCGAUGAAUAUAUCAUUUGUUUCUUUCGUCGUGAAAGAAUGAUGCAAAUCUAUUCAAUAGUGGACCCUGAAAACGUAGAAUGGCUGCUGUUAUUAAAUAGACGCCAGCUCUGAUCUACUCAGAAGCUCAUUAAAACAUUAUGUGCACUUUCAAAUGUGCAAGUGCAAGUGCAAGUGCUGAGUAUUCUAGCAUGUGAAGUGGAUAUUGAGUUUUUUUUUAGCAUUAGUCAAUGGAUGCAAAGCGUCUUAAUGAAAGAAUAACUAUCAUAGAGUAAAUGUAUUUAUAUGUAAAUAUGUAAACAGAUGGAUUUUCUAUUUAAGUAGACAAUUUUCAUAUAUUGUUAAGUGUUAAAUGAAGGAAAUGUUUCAACAAUUGCUUUAAAGAAUUAAAUAAUAUAAACUCAAUGACUUUUAGAUGUUAAAACUUUUAAUGCUGUCUCUAGAAGAAUCUUUGAUAAACAUGGAAUCCAUCAUUUAAUAUUCAUUUCCAUUGCCUUUGAUAAAUGUUAGGCAGUAAUAAAGGUGUCUCUGGGCAAUAGCAGUGCCUACUUUCGAUGUGCCAUUGAAGUAUUGCAAGGUUUGUCCUUUAUUACUCUAUACAAUGGUUUGGUCUAUAAGCCCUGCCAACCCUCAGGUACCGCAUCCAUCACAUGUGUGCCUAAUCAGUGAGUGAUGGCAGUUUGUCCAGUAGUGGAGGGAUUUGGAGGAGGACAGAGCCAAGCAUGAUACUGUCUUGGCCAAAACUCAUUUUGUUAAACCAGGAAGAACUGCCGCAAGACCACUUCGUUCAAGCAAUUCAAUUUCAUCUGACAGUAAUUAACCUGUGGCAAGGCAAAGAUUAAAUGUGCCAGACCAUCAGGAGUUAACACCAUGCUUUUUCAUGUUGUCCAUUAGCCAGUUACUAGGAUGGAGGCUAGGGACAAUCAGUCACUCUUUUUUUCUAAAAAAAAAAUGAAUGUAUAUAAUUUUAAGAUGGAACAAUAACUGACUUUAGUUGUGUUUCAUUGCAGGGGUUUCAAAUUUCAAAAGAGAGACUCUCAUCUGUAUAGAAUUAUAUUGUAAACCAGCUAUUUGACUACAGUCACUGUGGGUUGUUGAGUGUUUGCCCCUAACAUUAUGAGUAAAAUUUAAAAGCAGCAUAUAUGGUUAUUGCUGGCGACAGCAGUGUUUCAGCAUAUCUUCUGGUUGUGAGUCAAUACCUUGCUCUGCUGUGGGCCAAUGGUGGCCAAUUGUUCUACCUGCUCAAUUGUUGGACCUCUCUGAAUGCCAGAAAAUGUUCUCAACCUGUCCAGUUCUAUUUAAAGAUGCAUAUACAAUGUGUUGUAUAACAAUUCUGUUACAUAGAAACAUAGAAAUUAGGAGCAGGAGUAAGCCCUUCAAGACUGCUCUGCCAUUCAUUAUGAUCAUGUUGAAUGCAUUAGACUCAUUGUGUCUACACUUUGCUGCUAUGUGUCUCAAUGGUGUUAAAAAUGACUGCUGCAGCCAGUCCUGCCGUCUGCCUUCCUCUUCAAAUAGCUGAGGAAGAUUGCCUUCAGUUAACAGCAUCAUUAUUCCUGCCUAUAUGAGUACAGGUGAAAAAACCCACACAUCUUUCCAUUGUAACCUGUGCAGGUGACACAACUCCAUCACUGACUUUGUAGCAAAGUGGAGCUUGGAAUAGACAUAGGUACCUGAGUCUAUAAACACCAUUUCCAUGAGUAAGAGCAGUCUGCAACCGGUACCGUCGCCUCUUUUCCCUCCUCCAAAUAAUACAAAAAGAGGGAAAUCACUGUUGGAAUUCUCAGAUUCAGAAUUUUAUUUGUUGUAAUUGGAAUAAACAUAUUUUUAUUUCUGUU